AUGGGAUGGCAAAAACAAAAUAUUGUUUAUAUAAUAGAUUUAGGUUUAGCUAAAAGAUAUGUUGAUAAAUAAGGAAAACAUAUUCCUUAUAAAGAUAAUAAAUAACUUACUGGAACUGCUAGAUAUGCUUCUAUUAAUACUCAUAUAGGUAUUGAAUAAGGAAGAAGAGAUGACUUGGAAAGCUUAGGUUAUGUUUUAAUUUAUUUUUUGAAAGGGUCAUUACCUUGGUAAGGUUUAUAAUGUACAGGGAAGUCUAUUAUGAGAUUAUCUUAUGGAAAAAUCGGAUCCUCUAUUCUAGGUAAUGUUCCGAAUGUAUAUAAUGAACCUAAAAUAGCUCUUAAUAAACCAACUAAAUGA